AGAAGGCGCUGCGGCCGCCGGGGGCGCGGACGCCAUGGGCUCGGGGGCGCUCCUCCUGCGCGGGGCGGCGGCGGCGGCGCGGGCCCGCCGGGCGCUGGGGGCCUUGGCCGCGAGCCGCCGCCUGCUGCGCACCAGUCCGCCGAGCCGAGCUUUCGCCAAGGAGCUCUUCCUGGGAAAACUCGAGAAGAAAGAAGUUUUCCCGUUUCCAGAAGUUAGCCAAGAUGAACUUCAUGAAAUCAACCAGUUUGUGGGGCCCGUAGAAAAAUUCUUCACCGAGGAGGUGGACUCGCAAAGAAUUGACCGCGAGGGAAAAAUCCCAGAUGAAACGUUAGAGAAACUGAAGAGCCUGGGGCUUUUUGGGAUGCAGGUCCCGGAAGAGUACGGUGGCCUGGGCCUCUCCAACACCAUGUACGCACGUCUGGGAGAAAUCAUCAGCCUGGACGGGUCGAUCGCCGUGACCCUAGCAGCGCACCAGGCGAUUGGCCUCAAGGGGAUCAUCCUCACCGGCAGCAAGGAACAGAAAGCCAAAUACCUGCCCAGGCUGGCGUCCGGGGAGCACGUCGCCGCCUUCUGUCUGACGGAGCCGACCAGCGGGAGUGACGCGGCCUCCAUCCGGACCAGGGCCACACUAAGCGAGGAUGAGAAGUACUACGUCCUCAACGGCUCCAAGGUCUGGAUCACCAACGGAGGCCUGGCCAGCAUCUUCACCGUGUUCGCCAAGACGCAGGUUGUGGAUUCUGACGGCUCCGUAAAAGACAAAAUCACAGCGUUCAUUGUGGAGAGAGACUUUGGUGGGGUCACUAGCGGGAAGCCCGAGGACAAGUUAGGCAUACGGGGCUCCAACACCUGUGAGGUCCAUUUUGAGAACACUAGGGUGCCGGUCGAGAACGUCCUUGGAGAAGUCGGAGGCGGGUUUAAGGUGGCCAUGAACAUCCUCAACAGCGGCCGGUUCAGCAUGGGCAGCGCCGUGGCCGGGAUGCUCAAGAAGUUGAUCGAAAUGACUGCUGAGCACGCCUGCACCAGGAAACAGUUCAACAAGAACCUCAGCGAAUUUGGAUUAAUUCAGGAGAAGUUUGCCCUGAUGGUGCAGAAGGCUUACGUCAUGGAAAGCAUGGCCUACCUCACCGCGGGGAUGCUGGACCGGCCGGGCUUCCCCGACUGCUCCAUCGAGGCCGCCAUGGUGAAGGUGUUCAGCUCGGAGGGGGCGUGGCAGUGCGUGAGCGAGGCGCUGCAGAUCCUCGGAGGCGCGGGCUACGUGCGGGACUUCCCCUACGAGCGCUUCCUGCGGGACUCCCGCAUCCUGCUCAUCUUCGAGGGGACCAACGAGAUUCUCCGGAUGUACAUCGCCCUGACCGGCCUACAGCAUGCCGGCCGCGUCCUCACCGCAAGGAUCAAUGAGCUUAAACACGGCAACGUGAGCACGGUCAUGCAGACCAUCGGCCAGAAACUUCGAGACUCCAUAGGCCGGACUGUGGACCUGGGGCUGACGGGGAAGCUGGGGGCUGUGCACCCCAGUGUCGCGGACGGGGCCAGCAAGCUCGAGGAGAACGUGUAUUACUUUGGCCGCACCGUGGAGACCCUGCUGCUCCGCUUUGGGAAGACCAUCGUGGAAGAGCAGAUGGUCCUGAAGCGGGUCGCCAACAUCCUCAUCAACCUGUACGCCAUGACGGCCGUGCUGUCGCGGGCCAGCCGCUCCAUCCGGGUGGGGCUCCCAAACCACGACCACGAGGUUCUGCUGGCCAGCAUGUUCUGUGCAGAAGCUUAUUACCAGAACCUCUUCAGCCUGUCCCAGCUGGACAAGUAUUCUCCAGAAAAUCUCGAUGAACAGAUUAAGAAGGUGUCCCAGCAAGUCCUGGAGAAGCGAGCCUACAUCUGUGCUCACCCCCUGGACAGGACGUCCUGAGGCCCUGGACGCGGCCCCAGGCCCGCCGCCCGACCGGCUCUUCUCCGGGAGGGGGAGGACUUGCGGGUUUUCGCGGGUGGCACCAGUUCUUACCCGUCUACCCCGCAAGGGCGCGCUCCUGGCCCGAGGGGCUCGUGCUUACUGGGUGUGUACACGGGGCACGACCGUCACGUGUGCUGGGAACUAACAAAAAUAGAGAACGCAGUUCGUGUUCA